AUGAGACUCAACAUCGACCUUUCCACCGGCAUCUUGAUGCUCGCUACAGCAGGAGGUGCCAUCGCGCAAACCUGUAGUCUUCCAUCGACGUACAGCUGGACAUCAACUGGCGCGUUGGCGAGCCCUAAGUCGGGAUGGGUCUCACUCAAGGACUUCACUACCAUUACUUACAAUGGCAAGCAUGUCGUGUAUGCGACGAACCACGACACAGGCUCGAGCUGGGGCUCCAUGGGCUUCGCCCCCUUCUCAGACUGGUCUCAGAUGGGCUCAGCGACCCAGACUGGCAUGACCUCGACUGCCAUUGCGCCCACGAUCUUCUACUUCAGACCAAAGAGCAUUUGGGUUCUCGCACACCAAUGGGGCCCUACUACAUUCUCGUACCGCACAUCGAGUGACCCAACCAAUGUGAAUGGUUGGUCGUCAGCGCAGACGCUCUUCACUGGGACCAUCACUGGCUCUAGCACUGGCGCCAUCGACCAGACUCUCAUCGGGGACAGUUCCAACAUGUAUCUGUUCUUUGCAGGAGACAAUGGGAAGAUCUAUCGGUCUAGCAUGGCCAUCGGAAACUUCCCAGGGAAUUUCGGCUCGUCUUCGCAGGUGGUCCUCAGCGACUCGAGCAACAACCUGUUCGAGGCAGUUCAAGUCUACACUGUCAAGGGUCAAUCCAAGUACCUCAUGAUUGUCGAGGCUAUUGGAGCAAACGGCCGGUACUUCCGCUCCUUCACAGCCACCAGCCUGAGCGGUUCGUGGACAGCGCAGGCCGCAACCGAGAGCAAGCCCUUCGCCGGCAAGGCAAACAGCGGUGCCACCUGGACUAACGACAUCAGCCAUGGCGACUUGAUUCGAAGCGACCCCGACCAGACAAUGACGAUUGAUCCGUGCAACCUGCAGUUUCUGUACCAGGGACGAUCUCCCAGCUCCAGCGGCGACUAUGGACUACUGCCUUAUCGGCCUGCUGUGUUGACACUGAAGACCUAA